AUGAAUAUUCCAAAGGAAUGUGAUAACAAAAGGAGUAAGGAGUUCAAAAAAGUGUAUGUGAGUGGAAAGUGUAUGGAAUUCUCUCCAGAAAUCAUUAAUAGGUUCAUGGGCAAAAGUGAAGAGGAACAAGCUGAAGUGGAGGUAAAGGAAUGGCUAAGAAAAGGAAAACUGUCAGCUGGUUUAUUGAGUGUGAAGUAUGCAGUACUUCAUAGAAUUGGAGCUACUAAUUGGGUCCCAACAAAUCAUACUUUCAACAUUGCUAUAGGGUUGGGUAAGUUCAUUUACAUUGUAGGAAUCAAAACCAAGUUUGACUUUAGGUCCUAUGUUUUUGACCAAACCAUGAAGAAUAUGCCUAUAACAUUUCCCUCCUUCAUUUAUUGUGUGAUUCUGAGUCAACACCCUGGUAUCUUGAUCAGUUCAAAUGUUGCCUGCAAGAGAGAAUCUCCUCUUUCUUUGCAUUAUAGGUUGUUUACAGGGAAACAUGCCCCAGACAUUGUCAUGACAUUUGGUAAGGAAACUGACAGCUCAAUCUCUAAGGAUGGAAUGAUUGUUGAACUGGAAGAUACAUGCAAGGCCUUGGAUGAAACCAUCAAAACUUGCACUAAAAAUAAAAUCAGACUGGAAAGUCUGAUCAAAGCUUUAACCAAGGAGGGUAUUUAUGGUAAUAUGGAUGGUUAUGUGGAAGAAGAAGAAAAUGAGGAGGAUGAGAAUGUUGAUACAAAUGCUAUUAUUGGUGAAGAAAUAGAUGUCAGUUCUGACAUCUGA